GGCGGUCUGUGCGGUGCCUGAGCUUCGCGGCAGCAUGGCGGGGGCGCAGGCUGAAGGGUUCGCCGCAGCUUGCGGAGCGCUGUCGGGGAAGCGAGCUCUCGAUCCUGAUUACGAGCGGCAGCGGCAGGAGCCCUCUCUUCUCUGCGACUCUGCUCCGAGCCACAGUGAUGGCAUCGAUUCCGUCCUCUCUGACAGCGAGGAGAGUGUGUUUUCAGGCCUGGAAGAUUCUGGCAGUGACAGUAGUGAGGACUACAGUGAAGGAGAAGAUGGAACCAGUUGUGACAAGGGUAGUGUUGUGAUGGAGGAGACCUCUGGGGAACAGGUAAAGGCUGGCCCCCCUUGCCCAACAAUGGAGGUAACGGUCACUCCAAGAAGAGAUGAAUAUGAAGAGGACAGCUCUGAUGAGGAGGACAUCAGGAACACUGUGGGCAAUGUGCCUCUGGCAUGGUAUGACGACUUCCCACAUGUGGGCUACGACUUGGACGGCAAGCGCAUCUACAAGCCCCUUCGGACCCGGGAUGAGCUGGACCAGUUCCUAGACAAGAUGGAUGAUCCAGAUUUCUGGCGCACUGUGCAGGACCGGAUGACAGGGCACGACCUUCGGCUGACGGAUGAGCAGGUGGCCCUGGUGCAACGACUGCAGAAAGGCCAGUUUGGGGACGUGAACUUCAACCCAUACGAGCCUGCUGUGGAUUUCUUCAGCAGUGACAUCAUGAUCCAUCCUGUGACCAACCGCCCAGCUGACAAGCGCAGCUUCAUUCCAUCCCUGGUAGAGAAGGAAAAGGUGUCUCGCAUGGUACACGCCAUCAAGAUGGGCUGGAUCCAGCCCCGUAGGCCCCGAGACACCACCCCCAAUUUCUAUGACCUGUGGGCCCAGGAGGAUCCCAAUGCUGUGCUGGGACGCCACAAGAUGCAUGUUCCCGCACCCAAGCUUGCCCUGCCUGGCCACGCUGAGUCCUACAACCCACCCCCAGAGUACCUGCCCAGCGAGGAGGAGCGCUUAACAUGGACACAGCAGGAGCCCAGUGAGAGAAAACAUAACUUCCUGCCACAGAAGUUCCUGAGCCUGAGAGCUGUGCCUGCUUAUGGCCGCUUUAUUCAGGAGCGCUUUGAGCGCUGCCUUGAUUUAUACCUGUGCCCUCGGCAGCGCAAGAUGAGGGUGAAUGUAGAUCCUGAAGAUCUCAUCCCUAAACUUCCACGGCCGAGGGACUUGCAGCCUUUCCCCGUGUGCCAGGCCCUGGUUUACAGAGGCCACAGUGACCUUGUCCGCUGCCUCAGUGUCUCUCCAGGGGGCCAGUGGCUGGCUUCAGGUUCAGAUGAUGGCUCAGUACGACUCUGGGAGGUGGCUACUGCCCGCUGUAUGAGGACUGUUCAUGUAGGAGGUGUGGUGAAGAGCAUUGCCUGGAACCCCAACUCUGCCAUUUGCCUGGUAGCCGCAGCCAUGGAUGAUGCAGUGCUACUGCUGAACCCAGCGCUGGGGGACCGGCUGCUGGUGAGCAGCACUGACCAACUGCUGGAUGCUGUCACCACACCUGUGGAGCCGGCACUGCAGCCUGCCCGCUGGCUGGAGGCCUCUGGAGAAGAGCGCCUAGAGGGCUUACGGCUGCGCAUCUGCCAUGGCAAGCCAGUGACCCAGGUGACCUGGCAUGGGCGAGGUGACUACUUGGCUGUGGUGCUAGCCAGCCCAGGGCACACCCAGGUGCUGAUCCACCAGCUGAGUCGGCGGCGCAGCCAGAGCCCAUUUCGCCGCAGCCACGGGCAGGUACAGCGUGUGGCUUUCCACCCUACCCGGCCUUUCCUGCUCGUGGCCUCUCAACGCAGUGUCCGUGUUUACCACCUGCUACGCCAGGAGCUCACCAAGAAGCUGAUGCCCAACUGCAAGUGGGUGUCUAGCCUGGCUGUGCACCCUGCAGGUGAUAACAUCAUCUGUGGCAGCUAUGACAGCAAGCUGGUGUGGUUUGACCUGGAUCUUUCCACAAAGCCAUACAAAGUCCUGAGGCACCACAAGAAGGCCUUGCGUGCUGUAGCCUUCCAUCCCCGGUAUCCACUCUUCGCAUCUGGCUCUGAUGAUGGCAGUGUCAUUGUCUGUCACGGCAUGGUGUAUAAUGACCUGCUGCAGAACCCUCUGCUGGUGCCCGUCAAAGUGCUCAAGGGGCAUGUGCUGACUCGAGAGCUGGGUGUCUUGGACGUGGCCUUCCAUCCCACACAGCCGUGGGUCUUCUCCUCUGGGGCCGAUGGCACCAUCCGACUGUUCAGCUAGGUUGGUGUCCUGCUGUGGUGUCCCAAGAUCAAGUACUUUCAAUAGAUCCUUCCACACUG